GCCUAUUUCAUCGUCCCGACCUGGGCACACGAGGCGAAAUUCCUAACAGACGAGGAAAGGGCGCGCCUUCUCAGUCGCCUCAAGACCGAUUCGGAUGCGGAUAAAUCAGAAACAUUCGAAUGGGCAUUUGUUUUCCAAGCGUUCAAGGACAAGUUCGUUUGGGGAUACGCCCUGUUGUUCCAUGGAUUCGCUUUUGUGUUAUACUCGCU